GAGGACAUGAAUUUUGAUGAAUAUGACCAUGACAUUAAUGUAGAAGAGCUCUAUAAAAUGAACUCAAGUAAGGCGAUCUGUGAUGAUCAGGAUGAUCAGGAUGAUUUCUUGGAGAAGCUGAAAAAUGAAAUAGAGAGGGACAUGGAGCAGGAACAAGCGAGAGUUGACAGAUACUACGAAGAGUCUGUAAAAGAAAAGCAAAAAGAGGUAACAGACAGGACCCACAGGGUAAUGUUUAGGUUGGAUCAAGGAUCUUCUCAAAAUGAGGAAGAUAAUGAUAGCAGUGAACAUGAAUCAAACUCAGAAGAUGACACUGCCAAUGUCCAGAAGACUGAGGACCAAAGUGAUUCUGAUGAACCACAUGAGAGACGUUUAUACGCAGGAAGGUACAAAGUUUUACCAAAGGGGUUACAAAAGGCAGGCAAGCAGCUGAAGGAACACCCCAAAAGAAAUAAGUGUGUUGUCCUGCUGCGGUCAGUGUUAGCAGUGAGUCUAGCGACAAUGGUGGGGCUGCUGUCUUACUGCUGGGCCACAGACAGCUUGGACUGGAUCUACUGAAUUCACAUGGAUUUUGGAUAUUAAACAUGAUUCAAAACACAAAAUAAGUCAAGGCCUCUGCAUUAUGAUAAAGAAAUCAUUGCACAAGACCAUGCAAAAUGUCAUGAAACAGACAAGCAAGCAAAUUGAGAUAAGACCAACUUUAUUUCCUUACAGGAUGCAACCUAAUAUUGUAAUGUUUGAACAGCGCUUUGAAAUACAGCUUUUUAAAAAAUGUUUAUGUCUUUUAACAUGGUAAUCUCUGUUUUUUUAUGUAAACCACAUUUAGAUAGAUUUAAUCAUCUUCCGUUUUACUAGGAAAAGUGAUACAUUUGCAGAUGUACAUGGUCUCUUGCCCCUACAGGACACCUUGUACAAACAAGUGCUUUCAAAUAAAACUGACCUGAAAAAAAAAAAGCAAAACAUAAAUAAAUACAUUUGAUACAUUCCUUUA